AUGGGAGACGAAAACGAUGACGGUUUCGACCGCAGACUAUCCGUCAUUUUAGUUGGCAUGGGAUCGGCAGCCUUGAUCGUAACAAUCUACCAUUGUAUCGCCACGGGUUGGUGGCGUCGAUACCAUAAUAACCUCCUAGGCCAAACAUCGCAGCGAGAGCAACAAGACCAACAACAACGACAAUAUGGUUUCGGACAUCAAGUGUUGGAGAUUACAAGCUUGGAGACUUCGACGGCCGAACUCAUCCCAGCCCACAAGUACCGAAAGGGCUCCGGUUUGGUCGACGAUGACGGUAUGUGUGCGGUGUGCUUGACUCAAUUCGAAGAAGACGAAGAGUUGAAGACGUUGCCGGGAUGCUCGCAUUCUUACCAUGCACCAUGUAUAGAUAUGUGGCUUUACUCGCAUUCUAGCUGCCCCCAUGUGUCGUACCGAUGCCACGCCGUCGCCGCAGAUAUCGCAGCAUCAGUCGGGUUCCGGUUCCGGCCAUUUGGAUAG